AUGGUGCUCAGCUCAAACAUCACAAGGAUACACAACUUUUUCAUCCUUGGGUUCCCUGGACUCUCACCAUCUUACUACAGCCCUGCAUCAGCUGUACUUUUUCUAGUGUAUCUGGCUAUUUUAGUAGGAAAUAUUUUCAUCUUGGUGUUUGUCAUCUAUGAAAAAUCUCUUCAAAAACCUACAUACUUGGUCUUUUGUCACCUUGCUCUGACUGAUUUAUCAUUUGGGACUGUUACACUCCCAAAGAUCAUAUCAAAAUAUUGGUUUGGAAACAGCAUCAUUUCAUUUUAUGAGUGUUUUACACAAAUGUUCUUUGUUCACUAUUUAGGCUCGGUGAUGUCAUUUUUGUUACUGGUAAUGGCUCUUGAUAGAUUUAUAGCAAUUUGUGUCCCACUGCGAUACCCUGUCCUAAUCACAAACAAUAUCAUAUUUGCUCUUUGUGGAUCUGCUUGGUUUUUGCCCCUGCCUUUGAUGAUGAUUAUAAUAUUUCAAGCUCUCAGUUUACCUUACUGUCAAUCAAAUAUCAUUACCCAGUGCUACUGUGACCACAUCUCAAUAACAAAUCAGGCAUGUGGAAAUGAUCGGAAGAUUGCACAGAUUGUUACCCUUUGUAUCGCUAUGUUUUGUCUCUUGGUGCCUCUUGUAUUUAUCCUGAUUUCUUAUGUUUCUGUUAUUAUAGUCAUUUUAAAAGUGUCUAAUUCUGCAGGACGCAGCAGAAUUCUGGCAACUUGUACUCCACAGAUAUUCAUAACAUGUCUUUUCUAUCUCCCGAGAUGCUUUGUUUAUAUAGCUAACCUUGUUGGAUUUUCUUUUAGUGUAGAUGUUCGCAUUUUAUUAAUCCUGCUGUACAGUCUACUUCCUGCUGCAGUCAACCCGAUAAUAUACUGUUUCAAGACCCAAGAAAUUAAGCACACUUUGAUGAAGAGAAUAAAAGUAGCUAAAAUUGGAAUAGAGUUAAAAAUCUGGACCGGUAACUAGGAUUAGGAAGCGUGAUGAUACAACAGGAAAAGAAGAAUAUUUGAAUGAUUAACUCCAUACUUUAGGUAAAUUAAAUGCUUUGUUUGCUCGAGUAUGUUU